AUGGAGACAACACAGCAGCUCAGCGGUCAGCGCGGCUUCGCUAUCAUAUUCGUACUCGCCCAGACCUACAACCUAGUACACCAUUCCGUUGGAGAUGGCUUACGCAGCUGGAUGCGCGAGAAUCGCAGCGCACCGCUCGCAGUCACGAUCCAAGAUAAGCUCGAUAACCAAGGCUUCUUGACGUCGAAAGAAUUGAAUCCGUUCAUCUGCCACGCCAUUAAAGAUGCAAUCAAUCGGAAGCCGGAACAGGCUGGUAUCAUGAUUGACGGGUUUCCGAGAAACAUCGAACAGCUAGAUUCGUGGAGCUUCUGGCCAUUUGCAGAUGAAUUACCGUUUUCUGGUGGACCCAACGUCGAUGCGAAGCCGGAUAUCGUGAUUUCCUUGCGCGUCAGCAAGCAGAAUGCGAAAGCGAGGUAUUCCGCGCGAGCUCGGGAUAGUAACGAUAACAAUGAGAAGUUUGAGCGACGAUUUGCAGAAUACGAGGUGGAGACUUUGCCUGUCGAGGACACUUAUCGUCAGCGUGGUAUCUUGAUCGAUGUCGAUGUAAAUGGUACUAAGGAGGAAAAUAUCAGCGAGAUGAAGAGGAAAUUGAGCGAAAGCGAGCUUUGGCAGAGGAUCAUGGUUCAAGGACGUACCGACACAGAGUCGCAAUUCCUCAAUCUAUGA